GUUUUACUGUGGUCAGCGCAAAUCAUUCUGAUGUGUUGUAACUUCAAACAGCCGUGUUAUAUUUUAAUUGGCUUCAUUUUUCUCGAAGACUUCUUGACGAUUAUCUUCUGCUCCUUAACUAAAAGAUUCAAAAAAGGAGUAGCAAUCGCAAUAUUGUGUAUUUCAGUGGCUUGUUUUGUGGUUGCUUUAUCUACGAUUUAUGUUGGACGGUUAGGUGUAAGUGAAUUGAAAUGCCAAGUAAAAUUUUCCAUUUUCACAUUUACUCCUGUAAUCAUCUCUUGAACUAUUGUGAUGUGUUUAUUUUCCAUAUGGAAUUUCAGUUAUUUGCUAGUUUCUAUAUUCUUGAGGUCAGGCGAGUAUACACUGACAUGCUAGUAGGAAUCAGGUUGGAGUACUUUUCCAGCAAUUCAAUAAUCUCAGU